CUAGAACUUAAUUACAUGUAUAUAAAGAUUAGUUAUUUAUGGAUCACGUGGUCCGAGAUCAAUUAAUAAUUUCUCCUUGUUUACCUUCCUUCCUUUUCCAAAGAAAAAGACAAUUUUCCGAGGGAAAAAGUGGUGACCCAUUGCCUAUCUAAAUGCAUAAGCAUAAGUUCUUUCAUAAGAACAUUCUCCAGCAUGUAGUAGAUCCAGUAGUUAUAGUUUGGAAUGAAUUAAAUGCAUACAACUUUGAAGCUUUAGUUGUUAUAUAGAGAUAGUAAGAAAUGAAGUUGUGUGUUGUGGGGGGAAUGUGCUAAAACUAAAUGUGAUGGAAGGUCGCCGGAGGGUAACGCUACAUGAACAAAUGUCAGCAUCGGAGAGCAGCCGAGCCCGAGAGCUAGCUGGCUUGACCCUUGACGACGUGUUAGCCAACCAGAAGAGACAUUUCUCGUUAACGCCACACACCCCACAACCUCCCAAGAAUCGAACCCUCCUUGACAUCAUCAAAGACGACGAAACCAACAAGAAGGACCGCAGGUCUUGGAAAGCCUUCAAGGACAAGCUACGGCUGAAGCGUGCAGGUUCUGCUUGGACAUCGUCAAUUGAUAUUCCCACAUCGGAUGUCCCUGUCCCUCACCCCAAUAGCAGAAGCUUCACCCAGUUUGGUCGCCGCAACUCGGUCCGAUUCCCGACUCACCCCGACUCGGCCAUCUCAAACAACUACAUGGAUCACCAAGUAGAAGACCUAGACCCCAACCCCGACGCGGCCUCUUCUCCGCCGGCGGUGCCCUCCUCGACCUUGCCGGCGGAGCCGUUCCGGCGGGGGCGCGUGGUGACGUUCCGCGACAGCUUCGACGACGAGGAGACGAACGACGAGGAGAAGCCGGACGGGGGGAGGACGCUGUCGGCGAGGGAGGCGGUGGCGGCGCAGGAGGCGGCGGAGGCGGCGGCGCAGGCGGAGGCGGAUGAGGAGGAGGAGGAGGGGGGGCGGGGGGCUCCGGUGAUGUCGCUGAUGGAUUUGUUGGAGGAGACUGAUAGGGAGAUGGGGCUUGAAGGGUCGAGGUAUAUAUUGAGCGAUGAUGAUGAUGAUUUUGAUGAUGAUGAUGAUGGUGAAGGGGAUGAUGAUGAGACUGGACAUGGUUCCAUGGAGCAUACUUGCUGCAUUUGCCUGGUCAGGCAUAAGGCUGCUGCUUUUAUACCCUGUGGACACACUUUCUGCAGGAUGUGUUCAAGGGAGCUUAUGGUUAGUAGAGGGAAUUGCCCACUCUGCAACAAUUUCAUUUUGGAGGUUCUUGAAAUUUUCUGACUUUGCUAAAUUCUUUUCAGUUUUGCCUUCUCUCUUUGCAUGAGUUGACCACUACUUUUAAACUUCUUUAAAAUUUGUUCUUGUUUCAUUAUAACUUUUUGUAAAAAAUUCUGAUUUAUUGUUAUUGUUGUUGAUUUUCUUCUUAUUAUUAUGAUUACUAUUUUGGGCUUGUUUC